AUGCUCAAUGAAAUUAUCGAGAAAGCCGCAUCAACAACGGAUAAGAAUGAUAAGGAAAAAGAAGAAUUCCCUAACCGUUUGCCAUCCUCUCAUUCGAAAUAUCUGACUCAACGAACAACAUUCGGCCGAGUGCGUGUUGAUCUUCCAUCGAAAUCUGAACAGCGUCAAUUGAUCGAAUCGUUGUACAGAAAUUACAAUCCAUCGAGUGAGGAAAAUCAGAAAUUCGACGCGCAAAUCUGGUCAUCCGUUGACAAUGAUAUCGAUGUUCACGAGCACGAUAUCGAUUUCUAUGGUUUAAUCAAUGCACAUUAUCGAAAUUUCCAUUUUGAGGAAAUACUUUCCGCUCCGAAACAACAGCCAACAGACAAUUACAUCGACGAAUUAGCUUUUCCCGAGUUAACUACAAACAAACAACAAUCAAAAGUGAAACACGAAUCUGUACAAAAAGAAACCAUAGACGAAUUGAAAACGGAACAACUGAAUCCCAUCGAUGAACAGUAUUUUGGCACAUUAAAGCAAAUCGAAUAUCAAAACGAACAGAAUACAAAGUCUUUGCCGAUAACACGAAUCGAAAUGCCACCCAAAGACGAACUUAACUAUAUCGAUCAAUUAGUUUUCAGUACACCUGAAAGUCCAACAGCAAAACCAAAACUUAGUCCUCCGAAAGAAACCAAAUCAGUGCAACCGUCACCAACAAAAUCAUCACCGGAGAAACUACUUGACAUCAACUUCCAAUAUCGUGUGACGACGUCUACGCCGAAAUCGUCGACAAAAUCAGUUCCUAAUCUGAAUGAAUCACCAAUGGAUACUUAUAAUCCAAAGCUGGAAACGAUGCGGAGUAUAAAGUCAAAAGAUUAUUUCGACCCGCCACGUCAAUCCGAACUUGAUAUACAAAAGGAUGUUGACAUUGAUACGGCAAAAGCUGCCAAUGAACCUGCUGCACACAUUCGUGAGCAAAUAACAAAAAAACAAAGUGAUCGAGACAGUUUAGGUUAUCGAACAUUCGAAAACCUUGUGCCAACAUGGUGGAAAAUGACGAAAGCUGAAAUCGUUGAUGUUCUAGUCAAACAAAUCUGCUUUAUCCGACAUGGUAUUCUUGCACUUGAUAAACCGUAUGGAUUACCGACAAUAGAUAAGUGGACCAGGCGUUCGACUUUCUAUAGCACACUUUAUACCCCAGAUAAUCGAACGGUUGAAUCGACCUGA